AUGGAGAUGAAUGUGUCCCACUUGCUCUUUGCUGAUGACACAAUCAUCUUCUGUGAAGCAAGGAAGGAGCAUCUAACUCAUCGUGGCUGGAUUUUGGCGUGGUUUGAGGCGGCUUCUGGUCUUAGGAUUAAUCUGGCCAAGAGUGAAUUAAUUCUUGUUGGGGAGGUUGAAGAUAUUGAGGAAAUGGCUGUGGAGUUAGGGUGCAGAGUGGGGGAUUUUCCUGUUAAGUAUUUGGGGCUGCCCCUUAGAGCUCAUCACAAGGCCUUAUCUAUGUGGGAUGGGGUGGAGGAAAGAAUGAGGAGAAGAUUAGUUCUUUGGAAAAGGCAUUAUUUGUCUAAGGGCGAGAGAAUUACCCUCAUUAAAAGUACAUUGACCAGCAUUCCCAUCUACCAAUUGUCCCUUUUCUGA